AUGAGGACUUCGUGUUGUCGUCCAUUUCUCAUACUGCUUUCCGCAGUGCAUUUUGCCAAACCAGUAAAGAUCAUCGACAACGGACUGGCGCCUCCUGAGAUCGUUCACACGCCUGUUGCUACGAAACCGCGAUGUAUCAUACGGGCGCAGCCAUUGGACCUGAUCUUCAUCCUGGACAGCUCUGGUUCUUUACGGGAUCAAUUCCAAGAUGAAAUUGAUGUCAUUCGCCGGAUUGUUAAACAUGUGACAAUAGGCGAUACCGCCACGCGGGCCAUGCUGGUUCAAUUCAGUGGUACUCAACACUUGGAGUUCAACUUCCACCAAUUCACGAGCAGAGACGAAUUAUUGGCUGCACUGGAUGUCCUUCGACAUGUCUCGGGCAUUACUCGUAUUGGAGGUGCAAUCGAGUUUACCCUAGAAUCUCUCAAGGAUCCUUCAAACGGUAUGCGAGACAAUAGCGUUCCAAAAAUUGUUUACUUACUUUCUGAUGGAAGGACACAUGAUUACCCAAAGGACUUGGAAAUGGUGGAUAUUUUAAGGAGAUCAAUCCCAAACCUAGACAUCUGGGCUUACGGAACCGGUAACUACGUUGCGAUGCCCGCACUAGUGAACUACACACGGGACUCAAACAAGAUUGUCACCAACGCGAACCUGCAAACGCUCGAGUUACGAUUUGAUCCAUAUCGCGGAACGGAGACUUGCGAAAAAAUUCCUGCGUGCGUAAAAGGUUCCGAUAAGCCAGUAGAUUUGGCGCUGGUGAUUGACGCCUCAGAAUCUCUCGAUCAACUAUUUCAAGAGCAAAUUCACUUUGCCAUCAAACGUAUAGUGAACAACAUUAACAUUCAUCCGGAAGCCACCAGACUAGCCCUGAUCACCUAUUCGGGCAAAACGUUCAUUCACUUCAAGUUCAACGAUCGGCAAUUCGGCAACAAUUCGGCAGUAAUCGCUCACCUGAACACGCUUCGCUCCAUCAAAGGAACCACGUCCACGAACUUUGCUCUGAGGGAAACCUUCGAUCUUCUCAACUCUCGUGAUCCGAAUGACGGUGUCCGUGAGGGAGUGCCUAAACUGGUAAUCAUUUUAACUGAUGGCCAUUCAGCCAGAAGUCCCAAAGAGAUUGCCGAUGAGAUGCGAGCACAUGGAGUUACAAUACUAGUAGUGAGCGUCACACCUGAGCCGCGGAUCGACGAAGGCGAACUUGUUGAUAUUGCUGGUGAUCAAGCGCGAGUCUUCACUCCAAGGAACGCACAUGAUUUCGAAUCGGAAUUAAUGAAGCAUGUGGGCUACGGUUGCGAAGGACUGAAACUCGGUCCAGAUGCCAAACCUCGUGUAAGAGGAGCAACUGACAUCUCUUGCGACGAGCAUUCUGUAACGCUUACCGUCAGGACACAACGGCCUAUGAGCGGACUUAUGUACGCACAGAACUAUCACGACAGUCCACAGUGCUUCCUGGUACAACAAAAUUGUUGUUUAUUCCCCACCACUCUCUUGAUACUACAAUUUCAUCCACUCAUCCUCACAAGGGCAGAUCAAGGUCUUGAUGUGAAAUGUUUCUACCAGCAAAUGUUGACGCCUCAGAAAAUGAUUCAAGCCCCAAAACGAGUGGACGACACGACUUGCACAUAUCGCAUCCACAGGUACAGUCCAACGCAGUGUGUCUCGUUGGAUGCCAAGGUCGGAGAAACUUUGUACCAUAAAUGGCAAUGUGAUAGUCCUCCACAAUUCAAAUACCUUGUUCAUAACUGCUACGUGAAAUCAGAAAGAAGUACAGUGGAGAUCCUCGAUAGUGAAGGAUGUGAAGUCGACCACUAUUUCCUUGAAACGCCAAACUACUCACGAUUCAAUGGUGUUGACCAAGAUACUUAUGUAUUCCAGGAAAUGUCGGUUUUCAAGUUUCCUGGUGAGGGAAAUGUGAUUUUCCAAUGCAAGAUAUCACUUUGCGACAUGACAUCUGAAGGUUCUUCGUGCAUAAAUCAAGUGCCACCACGAUGCGCGAAGAAACCACCGGUGAUUGCGUUCCGGGAGAGACGAUCCACUGAUCCGCAGCAGCUGAGCAGGCUGUCUGAUCGAAUGCCCCGAGCAGAGGAGCCAUCAAUGGUCAGAUUUCGUCGCAACAUCGUGCCAACCAAGGAGGGCUUCUACAUGACGCUUGAAGUGGAAACCAGGUGA